AUGCGUGAUGCAAAGGAUCCUGAUUUCUUCGAUGGAACGUAUUCUAGGAUGAUGGAUAUAUGGAAGAAGAGAAGUGUACAGAACCAAGUGGGCACUUUAGAAGUGAUACGAGAAACGAUUGAAGAGAAGGUUGAGGAAGUACGAGAGCUCAGGGACUUGAUAUCGAAGGUGGGGCAGAAGGAAGAUGAUGAGGCAUUGGCAGUAGAUAUCAUGGCGUGGAGGGCUGCAAAAGCCCAUCGCAAAGCUCAGGGAGACAGAGCUACGGUCGAGCAUAGCAACGUGGACAACAUUGGUGUGUCACUAUGGCUAGGUGAUAGGGUAGAGGGGCUAAGUGAGGCAGUAGAUAUUACACCAAUGCCUUCUGAAGCCUAA